AAAAAUAAGUCAGAAAAAUGAUUUUGAAUCAUUUGGACAGUUUUGUUAUGGUUCUAUGAAAAGUGGGGACCCUAAUAAAGUUGUUUUGAUAGACCAUACUUCAAAUGAAGUAAUCCCAAAUAAAAUUUUGCUGGAGUGGAGCAUCAGCCUUGCAAAGUACCUUAAAAGUCAAGGGUAUACCCAAAAAGAAGAUGUUAUAGCUAUCGUUUCUCCAAACACGUGGAAGUACUAUGUGGUACUGAACGCAGGCCUUUUUUUGGGCAUACCCAUGAAUGCCCUAAACCCCAUAUACAAUAAAGAGGAGUUCAAGCAUUGUUUUUCAAUCACCAAACCGACAAUUAUUUUUGCUUCCGUGGUUUGUUUGAAGACUUUGGAAAACUACAGAAGACAUACUGAUAAUAGUAUAAAAGAAAUUAUUUUGCUGGAGGAUGUAAUUGACGAUAAUUUUAAAAACAUAUGUUAUAUAAGUCAACAGAACUCCAUCUAUGAUGAUUAUAUAUUGGAAAAAGUAGAUCCUAAAAAACAAACCGCUUUAAUACUACUCUCUUCUGGAACUUCAGGCUUACCAAAAGCAGUUGCGUUAACUCACUACAAUAUAAGACAUAGCAUGGAGUACUUGAUGCAUCCAGAUUUUGUGGGACUAGAUGAAAAAUCUGUUUCCCUAGUUGUACUACCGAUGUUCCACAUAUUUGGUUUGUUAAUCAGUUUUACUUGCAUGACCACACAAUCCAAGUCGAUUUUCUUAACCCAAUUCAAACCCGAUAUUUACUUGAAAGCUAUUGAGGAACACAAAGUUACAAAUUUAUUUUUGGUACCUUCAUUGCUGUUGUUUUUGGCCAAAACCCCGCUUUUACAAAACUAUAACAUGGAUUCAGUCACCAAUAUAUUUUGUGGAGCUGCACCGGCCGGUAAAGAGUUGGAACUAUGUGUCAAAAAAAGAUUUAGAAACGCUGAAAUUAAGCAAAUAUAUGGUGUGACGGAGUUAGCAGGGGCUGUUACAAUGACCACGAAGACUACCACUUCCAAACAUGGCAGUGUCGGGGUUCCGGUACCAGGUACCAUAAUAAAAAUUAUAGAUCUUGAUACCAAAAAAGUUUUGCCGCUGGGUAAAAAGGGCGAGGUCUGCAUAAAAAGUCCUGGUUGUAUGAAGGGUUACGUUGCAAACGAUUUAGAGACAAGAAACUCUUUCGACGAUGAUGAGUUCUUAAAAACCGGCGACUUGGGGUACUUUGAUGAGGAUGGGGUGCUGUUCAUAGUGGACAGAUUAAAGGAGGUAAUCAAAUACAAAGGAUUUCAGGUGUCACCGGCGGAAUUGGAAGAUCUGCUUAAAAAACUUGACGGGGUUAUGGACGUCGGCGUGGUUGGUAAGCCUGAUGAAAGGUCCGGGGAAUUACCAGUGGCUUUCGUGGUUAAAGCUCCAGAAUGUGAUAUAACCGAGGAAACGUUGAUAAACUAUGUAGCAGAUAACCUGUCCGCCUACAAAGGUCUGCACGGUGGAGUAAUUUUUGUCGAUAAAUUACCGAAAAAUUCCACAGGAAAGUUACUGAGAAGAGAGCUGAUAGACCAAUUAAAAAUUUAAUGUAAAAACUGAUUUUUGUUGUAUUUAUAACAGCAAUAAGUAAAUAAUAAAUAAGGUAGUUUUAGAAUAUAUAUUUAAUAUUUUCCAUAUCACAUAACAAGUUGGUCUAGUAGUUGAUGAAUAAAUUAUGUAAUGGCAAAAUGAAAAAAACACAGUUGGUACAAAUUGGUACCCGUAUAGAAAAUACAAUAUAGUUUUUAGAUAUUCGAGUAAACUUUUGUAAUAUGGCAUAUGGUAUAUGGAAGGCACAUGUUGAGGUGUUCUGAGAAACAA